GCGGCGGCACACUUCACCAGAGUGCUGCCCAUCAUCAGGUCCUGCAGGUCGGCCAGCAGCGCAGUGAUCUGAGCGGAGGUUAUCAUGAGACACUCCUCCCCCAGCAGCACACAUAUAAACACUGGAAACACAAUCAAGAUUUUAAAAAUGGCCGACAGUCCAAAAGGCAACUCUGGUGACUUUGCAAAGAAAGUCCAAAGACAGCUGAGCAGAAGCAAAGAAAAGGUUCUGCAGAGGCUGGGGAAGACGGUGGAGAGCAGAGACGACCAGUUUGAACAUUUCCUGCACCAGUUUAAUGACCAGCAGACCGACGGGAACAGGAUGUACAAGGACCUGAGGAACUACAUCAAUGCAGUCAGAGACAUGCGAGAAGCUUCCAGACGUCUCUCCCAGUCUCUGUUCGACUCCUACGAGACGGACUGGGCUGGAGAGGAGGAUCUUGGAGGCAUCGUAGAGGGAGAGGACCUCCUGUGGAACGACUUCGAGGUGAAGCUGUUGGAUCAGGCCGUGCGCACCAUGGAGUCCUACGUGAGCCAAUUCCCAGAUGUCAGGGAGAAAGUAGCCAAGAGGGGAAGGAAGCUGGUGGACUACGACUCCACUCUGCACCACCUGGAGGCUCUGCAGACUGCCAAGAAGAGAGACGACGUGAAGAUCAACAAGGCAGAAGAAGACAUGCAUGCAGCCAGAAGUGUGUACGAAGGCAUCAACGAGGAGCUGAAGGAGGAGCUGCCCGUGCUGUUUGAGAGCCGUGUCGGAUGCUUCGUGGUCGUGUUCUCAGCCGUGUCACAUCUACGGAACAUCUUCUAUAAGGAGAUGAGCAUGAUCAACAUGGAUCUACAGAACGUGAUCAAAGAGCUGCAGGAGCAGCAUCCACACAAACUGUUCUCUCUGAAGGGGAUGCAGCGGUAUGGCUCCCUGAAGAGACGCUCUCUGAUGUCCCCUAAAGCCUGGAAAUCCAGUUUCUCUGAGUUCCACAAGAGCUACAGUCCUAAACCAGGCCAGAGGUUUAGCUUCAGGUCCCCGGACAAGCCUCGCCACGGCACGCUGUCCAGGGAGAGCAGCACCCUUGCAGUCUCCCCACACUCCCCACACCUCCCGGAGAGCCCCACCGCCGAGUCCAGGGACCUGGACGCAGCAUCCUGCCGCAGUGAGGGCCACGGUUGUGCAGCUGGAGACCAGCUGAAGCCCGGAGAGGGAAGCAGUCAGCUGGAAGAGGAGGAGGAGGAGGCAGUGAAGGAAGAGGAGCCUCCUGCAGAGUCUGCUGAGAAUAAGAAGGGAGACAAAGCUGCAGCCAGUCAGAGCAGCUCUGAACUCAACAACUCCUGUGACUCAGAGAGUCUGGAGCUGCAGCUGUCUGCAGCAGAGGACGGCCCGCUGCACAUCCAGGAGAGAGGAGACGACCCGCUGCAGCCGGACUCCUCCACAGCUAACGGCCCGGAGAACGGAGAAGUCUCCGGCUUCAGCUCCGACACCAAGAAGCCUCACAAGGAAGCUCCUGCAGAGAGAGCUGCGGACUCCAAGAGCACAGACGUUUGAAGUCUUCACACUUCAGAUUCAGACACAGGAGUCAGAAGAGUGAAGUCAGCAGCUGCACGGAGACCAAUGUGGAGCCGGCAGCUGUGAAUGUCAAACUGUCAGGAGUUUCAUAUUUCUCCUUUAUUGAAAUCAUACAGUAAAGUGUGUGAGCGCCAUGUUGAAACAUUUCUGCAGGACAGAUUCCAACAUUCUGCACCAAACAUUUUAAAAUCAGAGUUUAUGUUUAGCAAACAUUAAUGUUUUUCUUUAUUUCACAUUUCACUUUGAUCUUUUUCACUCAAUCUGUUAAUGAGCAUAAAUCAUGAUGUCAUUCUGAACGAGGGGUGUUGUGCAGCAAUAUGUUGAUUAUGCAUAAAGAGAUGUGUAGAAAUGAUUAUGAAAUGUAAACACAAUAAAUCCUUCUGUCUUAAUUACAUUUUAAAUAAGGUGUCAACAGCUGUGCUUCUGAGGGAAACG